AUGCAACACUCCUUCUCAUCAUCCUCACUCUCUCUUCUCCCUCUCCUUCUCCACCUUCUCCUCCGCCAUCACCGCCUUUCAACCCUCCCGGGUCCCACCCGCCCAAGAGGUUACCCAAUCCUCGGCGCUCUCCCACUCAUCUGCCCAGCAGUUCACGUCUCCCUUGCCAACCUCGCCAAACGGUACGGCCCCAUCAUGUACCUCAAGCUCGGCACAAGAAGUGUGGUCUUAGCGUCCACAUCCUCCGCUGCUCGCUCAUUCCUGACCAUCUUCGAUCACCAGUUCGCCAACCGCCCAACCGCCACCAUGAAAACCAAAGAAGCCGUGUACAACGGCGAUGACAUGGUCUUCUCCAACUACACACCCCGCUGGAAACUCCUCCGCCGGCUCAGCACCAUUCACAUGCUCGGCAACAAAGGCUUCGCCAAGUGGGCCGACGUGAGGCGCUCCGAAGUCACGCACAUGCUCCACGCCAUGCACGAGUCUAGCAAGCUAGCCAAACCUGUUUUACUUUCAGAGAUGCUCAUAUGCACCACAACCAACAUCAUUGAACGUGUGAUGUUGAGCCAGAGAGUGUUUGGAAGUGUUGAUGAGGAGCUGGGUAAGUUCAAGGAUGUUCUGAAGGAGUUGAUGACUGGUGCUGGGAUGUUCAAUAUAGGGGAUUUUGUGCCGGGGAUUGGUUGGAUGGACUUGCUAGUGUGA